AUGGCACCAGAAGUCAGCCGCACUGAUGUGAAUGACAUACAUCCCUGUUAUGAAAUAUAUAAUGUCUCCUACAGACUGACAAGCACUCCUUCUACAAUAUGUGUUUUAAUAUUUAUUUUUCUUGGGUCAUUAUCUGUUGUCACAGUAUGUGGAAACCUUCUGGUAAUAAUCUCUAUCAUUUACUUCAAACAGCUCCACACUCCUACAAACUCUCUCAUCCUCUCUCUGGCUGUAGCUGACCUGCUUGUUGGUCUUGUAGUUUUUCCUCUCAGCAUGGCCUUCUCUCUUAGCUCAUGUUUACAUUAUGAACAUAUUGAUCUUCUACUUGCACAAAUUUUGGGACCCAUUUUCUCAUUUUACCUCCCAGUGAUCAUAAUGCUCUGUAUCUACCUGAAGAUUUUCCUUGUGGCAGAGAGACAGGCACGCAGCAUCAGGAACACAACAUGUCAGAGCACAAAAUGUGGAGCAACUGUAGGUAAACAUGAGAGAAAGGCCACCAAAACUCUUGCAACAGUUAUGGGAGUUUUUCUGAUGUGCUGGACUCCUUUCUUUCUCUGUUUUACUUUUCAGCUUUUGGAUAAUGUGUCAGUGCCACUUCCUCUGUUUGAAACUCUUAACUGGCUUGCACUGUCAAAUUCAAUGCUCAAUCCAUUUAUUUAUGCUUUCUUUUACAGCUGGUUCAGGUCAGCUUUCAGAAUGAUCAUUUCUGGGAAAAUAUUUCAAGGUGAUUUUGCAGAUACAAAACUGCUUUGA